AUGUUUUUGGGGUGGAUGGAAAAGAACGAAAAAGAUCCGUUGGCGCGCACCCUUACUUACGUUGAGUUCCCAACUAAAUUUGUUUGGAAGAAGGACGAAAGGAUAUGGGAUAAACGCAUAAUAGGCAAAACCAUUGGUCGUAUUCAUUGUGUGAAUCCUUCUAUGGGCGAGACAUACUUUUUAAGAAUUCUUCUUAAUAAGGUAGUAGGUCCUAAGUAUUUUGAAGACAUUCGUACUGUGAAUGGACAAGUCUUCCCAACAUUUAGAGAUGCGUGCUACGCUAGAGGCCUUUUAGACGACGACAAGGAGUAUAUAGAAGCUAUCAAAGAGGCGUACUACACAGGUUCAGGUUACUAUCUUCGUAAUCUGUUUGCGACAAUGUUGGCGUAUAAUACAUUAUCAAAGCCUGAACAUGUUUGGGAAAAUACAUGGGAGUACCUUGCGGAUGGUAUUUUAUACAAUCGGCAAAAGCUUUUGAGGAUCGAAGGUUUGUCUCUUCCAGAAGAACAAAUAAGGAACCCAACAUUGCUGGAAAUUGAGCGUUACUUAUUACGUAGCAACUCAAGUUUAAGUCGGUUUCCGUCUAUGCCUCAACCCGAUAGUGAAUCAAUAUAUUCAGCAGACAACCGUUUAAUUGCUGACGAGCUUAGGUACGAUGUAAGCGCUACUGCCAUUGAAUUUGAUAAUAAUUUAAGCAGCCUAACCGAUGAGCAACGUUUAGUAUGUAAAGGCGAUAUUGUACUAAAUGUUGCAUCAAGUGGAAUCGCAUCUCUUUUGUUACCUGGUGGACGUACUGCACCUUCAAGGUUUCAUAUACCUUUAAAUUUAACAGAAACCUCGAUGUGUUUUAUUAAACCUGAUGAUGACGUUGCUGAUUUAUUGAAGAAAACGAAAUUGAUCAUUUGGGAUGAAGCACCGAUGAAUCAUAAACAUGCGUUUGAAGCACUUGACCGAACAAUGAAAGAUAUCUUCAAAUGUGAGAUGACAUUUGGUGGAAAAGUUAUGGUGUUCGGUGGUGACUUUAGACAAAUACUUCCGGUUGUACCAAAUGGCAGUAGGCGAUAUAUCGUAGAUAUAUCGUUAAUGCUUUAA